CACAAACGCCAUCUUGACAGCAGCCUUAAAAUGGCAGAGAAAUGCCAGGGAGAAACCGAACUACGGACAAGGUUUCUUUUAUUAUUUUGAAAAGACAGUCCCUUUCCUAAUUUUCUACAAACGUAGCUAGGGGGUUGAUGGCCAGUGAGAAAGCCGAAAGACGUUAAAAUGGAAAUCACGACGGCGGUUUUCAACGCGGCCAGAGAUGGUAAGCUGAAACUUAUCCAGAAGUUGCUGAGUAACAAAAGUCCCGAGGAGUUGGAGGCUCUCGCCGAGGAGAAAACGCAGGGAGGCACCCCUCUCCUCAUUGCCUCUCGAUACGGACACUUAGAGGUUGCCGACUAUUUGCUUGAACAUUGUAAAGCUAACGUGGAACUAGGAGGAUCGGUGAACUUUGACGGCGAGACGAUUGAAGGGGCUCCCCCGCUAUGGGCGGCUUCGGCGGCGGGUCACCUCCCUGUCGUCCGCACACUCCUUAAACACGGUGCCUCUGUCAACAACACUACGCUGACCAACUCAACGCCCCUCCGUGCUGCCUGCUUCGAUGGUCACCUGGAGAUUGUCCGCUACCUGGUGGAACACCGAGCCGAUAUGGAGGUAGCCAACCGCCACGGCCACACCUGCCUGAUGAUCUCCUGCUACAAGGGCCACAAAGAGAUAGCCAAGUUCCUCUUGGAGCGGGGGGCCGAUGUCAACCGCAAGAGUGUGAAAGGCAACACUGCACUCCAUGACUGUGCCGAGUCCGGUAGCCUGGACAUCAUGAAGAUGCUGCUGAAAUGCAAUGCCCGCAUAGAGAGGGACGGAUAUGGCAUGACCCCUCUCCUGGCCGCCAGCGUCACGGGGCACACAAACAUUGUGGAGUACCUCGCCCACCAGCCCCACUCCUCGCGAGAAGAACGCGUUGAUGCUCUCGAACUCCUGGGGGCCACCUUUGUGGAUAAGAAGAGAGACCUCCUGGGGGCCAUGAGAUACUGGAGGAGAGCCAUGGAGCUGAGACAACCAGCUGACAAGGUGGGACUCCUGGCCAAGCCCCCUCCGGGUCCCCCUGUCCCUGCCUAUGACUGUGCCCGUGAGGUGAGCACAGCCGAGGAGCUGGAGGCUCUGAUCACAGACCCCGAUGAGAUGCGGAUGCAGGCCCUGCUGGUCCGAGAGAGAAUCCUGGGGCCCUCGCACCCCGACACCUCCUACUACAUCCGCUACAGAGGGGCCGUCUACGCCGACUCAGGAAACUUUGAGCGCUGCAUUAGCCUGUGGAAGUAUGCCCUGGACAUGCAGCAGAGUAACCUGGACCCCCUCAGCCCCAUGACGGCCAGCAGCUUCCUGUCCUUCGCCGAGCUCUUCUCCUUCGUGCUGCAGGACCGGGCCAAGGGCACCCUGGCUACGCGAGUCACCUUCCACGACCUGAUGGGGGUGUUGGGGAAGAGUGUGAAGGAGGUGGAGAGGGCGGUGGCCCAGAGGGACAGCCCUCCCGAAGCCCCCCAGUUCACCAAGGCCCUGUCCAUCAUCCUCCACCUGGUGUUCCUGCUGGAGAAGCUGGAGUGCACCGCAGAGCAAGAGCACCAGAAGAAGCAGACAGUGUACCGCCUCCUGAAGCUGAACCCGCGGGCGAGGAGAGGCUUCACCCCCCUACAUAUGGCCGUGGACAAGGACACCACGUCGGUGGGCCGCUACCCUGUAGGUCAGUUCCCCUCCCAGACCGUGGCCUCGCUGCUGCUGGAGUGCGGGGCGGACGUGGACUCGCGGGACUGUGACAACAACACGCCCCUGCACAUCGCCGCCAGCAACGGUUUCCCGGAGAUCAUGGCGUUGCUGGUGAGGGCGGGGGCACACUUCGACGCCACCAACUCCCAGAGGAAGACCGCAUACAACCUGCUGGACGAACAGAGCAACGGGCACCCGGCCCUCUUCCCCCUCAACUACGUCACUCUGCAGUGCCUGGCGGCACGCGCCAUUGAGAAGCACAGACUGCCCUACAAGGGCCUCAUCUCUGAGGAGAUGGAGGUGUUUAUUGAGCUGCACUGAAACCACCCUCUUUGCUAAAUAUCCCCACCCUGUCCCCAUCAUUGCCCCAGACGCCUUUUAAACCAUUCAACAUUGACCCCCAUCAUCUUCACCCCACUUCACCCAUGUCCCCCUUACUCCCCUCACCUUACCCAAGCCCACCUCCCUUCCCUAUGGUUAUUCUUCUCUCUGUGCCUCUCCUAACUCCAGACUGUGACCUCUGUCUCAGAUUCAGACCAAAUCACAGCAAUAAUCCUCCCGGCCACUAAACAUUAUACUGACAACAAACUGGGAGCAUCUUAAUUGUGGCUACAUGCUCUCUUUAGAUGACCUAUGAUUAACACAUGGACACGUUCUAAGUGCUAGGUUGCUAUUCGUUUGCAGGUGGGGGAAAAAAACCUUGACUUGAUUUUAGGCGUUUAUGCUUUCUGUUUGACAUUUUUCUUCUGUUUUUCUCAAUAAGAUGGAGGACUGCUUACAGAAAGAACAGUAUGGCGGUGCCUGUAUGUAUUGGGUGCUGGCUUGUUUUUAGGUGGGAAUGGAAGCUGUAUUACUUGAUAGGACAUGAUCAAAUAUUGCAUGACAUGAGCCUUAAAGAGUGAAUAGGAUAGCUUGUUUGUUAAAUCUGUCUUGUAAGUUUAUCAAGAAGCAUCCUUUGAACAAACAAAGUACACACGGUGUGCUUGGCUGCUUGGCAUCGAUGUAUUGUUAUCAUCAAUUGAGCAUUAUUUAAUCCCCUGCCUUUUACUUUGACAUUUUAAGGAGUGUUUGAAAACCAUUUUAUGCCAAAACUCUAACCUUAUAUCGGUUCUCUAAAUGUGUGAUCUUACAGGUUAGCCUUAUCUUACUGAACUAGCUUACUACGAAUGGAGCACCUAACAACUGUGGAGUGCAGACUAGCAUGGGAACUCUCAUAAGAAUACAGUGUGUUCUAGCCUACAUCUCUUCUUUAGCUCUGUCUAGACUGUGCGACGUGUUUUACAGCUUGGUCAAUCUCUGGAAGUCUCCCUCUGGACAGCUUGGAUACUGUGAGAAAGGAGAGAUUUCUCUCCAUCUCCUCCUGAGUGAAUGUUUAUGGACUGUUGAUCCCAGUAUCAGGUAAUCUAUUCAAGCCUACCUAUCUUCAGCCCAUGGAAUCUAUGCAGUCACUCAUUGUUGAUAUCAAACCCAGAGUUGCUACUAUUAACCACCGAUGCAGGUGAUGAGGAUGGGGAAUGGAUCACACACUGCAUCUUUUAGUCUUAUUCUUUCUUCUUUUUGGACAGUCUCAGUUUUGCAUUGGCUUGUUUUUAUCAUACAUGCUUUCAUUUGUUUCUGUUUCUAUGUAAAAACCCACCUGAUUGAAUGCACUUUGAAAAAACAAAACCCUAAAGGGUAACUUUACAACAUCUGGGCUAUGGACUCUGAGCCUUUCUCUCAACAACUGAUUUAUUCAUUUAACUGAUGGUAACUUCAGAACAAAACUGUGUUGAGGUACUUGAAUAAAAUUCAGUAUCCCUGCAGAA